AUGGGACUCCUUGAAACCCGCUGGAAACUCCCCCUCCACUGCUUCCAAAUCCUCCUAGUCGUGAUAGUAAUUGGAUUUACGAUCCUGCGGAUGUUCAUGAAGAACCAACCCCGGACGCGUGCAACAACAAUGGGCCUCGGCAUGGGUGCCAAAUCACUAGUCAUAAUAGCUUACCAACUCUUAACCGAAUACGUCGACAGGCUGCGCAAAUGGGCCAGUUUCAAAGCCUACACUAUUCUCAAUGCUCUGGAGAUUGUCUUCUGGGCCGCGGUCGUGUUCCUGAACAUCCAAGUGAAUGUGAAAGCAUGCGUGUCUCCGGGGUGCGAGAUGGGGUGGACUGUGAUGGUUAUUGCUCUUCUUAUUAGUGGACUCGCGGUUUAUGCUACUAUCCUGUCGUUGAAUGAGUGGCGGGAGUCAAAGGGACCAAGUCCUGCAUCUUAUAAAAUGACUGCGGGCAGUCGGAGUGAUAGUCAUAAUCCCCGCGCAGAAGCAGCUACUGCUCGAGUCCAGAAUCACCUUGUUCCCGCAGAACUAGGUGAGCCAUUCUGCGGGGCCGUCGUCCCGCGCGCGAGGGCGACCGCACGUAUGGACGCAGAUGAGCCACGAGAAGAGGAUCACCGCGGUGCCGUGCUCCUCGACCAGGCGGCUGAUGUUCGGAGCGACCAUCUGGGUGAUGGGCUACUACUGGGCGUGCUGGAGGCCGGGGCUGUGGCUGGAGCUGGGGUUGCUUCCUCCACUGCUGGUGAAGCCAAAGCGGGAAAUCCGAAACAAAAUGCCACUGUAUACAAACCCAACUCCCUCUGGACAAAGUCCUUCAUGAUCACGGCUGUCGUCCAAAACUGCUUCACAGUAGGUAUUGAAAGUUUCAUGAUCAUGGACUUUGAGAAAAACCUGGAAGGGCUUUCCGACAAUGAAGUCGCCUUUAAACCGAUUCGAACAUCCCUGGGUCUCUACACCUUCGGCCUACUGUACGAGCUCCUGUUAGUGUGGGAUGGUUUACGACACCAGAACGCAAUCCAGCUGAUUGGGCUGUGUAUAUGCAAUGUCGGCCUUGCGAUGUACGGAGUGGUUCAAGUUAAGGAAAUCAUGAUUGCUGUCGGCGUUAUGAACGAGAACUCCAACACCCACGACGACCUCUGGGGGAAAUACAAAGUCCACAUCAUCCUGGUGCCGGCGAUGAUGGCCUUCGGGUCGAUCAUCAUGUGUGUCCUGACAUGGAAACUGCACUCGGAAUUCUCCUGGGCGUUCUUCAAAAAUGUCAGCGCGGACCUAGGAAUGAAGCGUCGAUUCAUAACAUACCAGGUCUACAUCGCGCUCUUGAAAUUCGACUUCUUCUUCAUCAACGGAUGCCUUAUGCUCGUCCUUCUGAGAAUCAUCUCCGAGGAUUGGAGCCUCGAAUCAAUCAUCAGCAUGGCGUUCAUUCCUCUGUCAAUGAUCACACUCUAUCUGGCGGCGCUGUUCACCAGACGCGAGAAGACCAUCGGAAUGGUGAUUAUCAUUAUCAUCCUCUCCAUCAACAUGGCCUGUUUCGUCACUCUCCUCUGGUGGAUGAAUACCAUGAACGGUUCAGCAGACUACGGCUCCACGAAGCUAUCCCUCACGCUGCUCAUCGCGAUUACAUUGAGUCUGAUCAUGAUGACCAUCAUUACUGGUAUCAUGUGUAUGCGGAAUUUCCACAAAGGCUUGAAAGCGCAGAUUGCUUCGAGGAAGUCAAUGUUGAAAUCGAAACACGGUGACGCGGAUAAUGGCAUGCCCUUGUCGGAUAUGGAGACCCGAUUUGAUAUUGAUGACGGCGAUUAUAAAGCUGGGGUGCGAGUUCAGCCCAGGGAGAUUAUUUGA